AUGUCAGCUAUUGAGUAUCAUUGGAAGUUUACUGAUUUGUCCCAAUAUUUUCUGGAGAUUGUUGCAAAUCCUACUGAAAUGCUUCAACGUUUUAAGUGGGGUACUCGAAAGAAGUGGCGUUCUAUGGCGACUACGACUCUCUGUUCUACAUAUCAGGAGUUCGCCGAGGUUCUACUUUGGGUUGAGGGCUUCGAGAAAGCUCCAGAUGAUAGUGAUGAGGAGGAAGAAAAAGGUGGUGCUAGUUCUGGUUCAUCCAGUGGUGGUUUGAAUUUUGCUACACCGCGGAGGGGCGGCAAGUUCACAGGAAGUUCCCGAUUUCAUUGGCAGAGGAAUCCUAACAGUCUUGCUGCUCCACUACGCCGUAGGUGUAAUAAUCGUCAUUUUGGGGAGUGUAGACAAGGUAGUAGUGGAUGUUUCACUUGUGGCCAGAUGGGGCAUCGAGCUCACCAGUGUCCACAAAAUCAGCAAAAGCCCCAACCUCAUGCUUUACCACCAACCGUACCUCUUCAGCAGAUUCAGGGGAUUAGUAGCUAUACUCCGACAGGGAGGUUAUGCGCCAUAUACACUGUAUCAGGCGGUGGAUCACAGUGGUACACUAGAGGACCAUCUCAGAACUUUGAUGUUGCUUCUAGUAGUGCUGGUUCGUCGAGUCUACCUAAUCAGCCUAGUCAAGGACGAGGUCAUCAGGGAAAUAGAGGUUAUGGAGACCGGCAGCAGGCGCAAGGCCAUGUUCAUCAUAUCACUUUGCAAGAUGCUCAGAACAAUCUUGAUUUGAUUAUGGGCAUGGAUUGGUUACAUUACAAUCAUGCCAAGUUGGACUGUUAUGAAAAGGUUGUCAUUUUCCAUCAGCUGGAUUUACCUGUGGUUACUUUUGUGGAUACUUCUAUUCGUGUGGAUGAUGUUCGGGUAGUUAGACAUUUCCCUGAUGUUUUUCCUGAUGUUUUUCCUGAUGAUUUACCUAGACUACCAUUAGACCAUGAGGUGGAAUUCACUAUAGAUUUAAUUUCAGGUACUGAUCCUAUUUCUUUAACUCCUUAUCAAAUGACUCUUGCAAAAUUGAGAGAAUUGAAAACUCAGUUACAAGAACUUGUUGAUAAGGGUUUCAUUCAACCUAGUACUUCACCAUGGGGAGCUCCAAUAUUGUUCGUGCAAAAGAAAGACAGAACUCUAAGGUCGUGUAUUGAUUAUCGACAAUUGAAUCGGGUGACGAUUAAAAACCGUUAUCAGUUACCUCGUAUUGAUGACUUGUUUGAUCAGGUUCGGGGUGCUUGUGUAUUUUCAAAGAUUGAUUUGAGAUCUGGGUAUUAUCAGUUGAAGAUUAAGUGUGAGGAUGUUUCGAAGGCAGCUUUUCGGACUCGUUAUGGUCAUUACAAGUUUCUUGUAAUGCCAUUCGGGUUAACGAAUGCUCCAGCAGCCUUUAUGGACCUGAUGAAUUGGCGAGGUGAGAUUUACCCGGAGGACGAGUGUGGUCAGGGCCACACCCUUGCUCUUGCUGAUGCAAGCCUUGUUCUUACUGCUUCUGCUCCAAGUCACUACGUGGUUGGGCCUGUGUUUCAGCCAAUUUCUUAUGUGCCUCCAGCAUUUACCAUAUUUAUCUUUGGCCAGCCUCUUCAGCUCGGUCCAGUUAUAGCAGCCCCUGCUGCUCCAGAGCAAUUCAUGUCCGCAUUUCCUGCAGCUUCAGCAACGACUCAACCUGCUGUGUAA